UCAGCCUAAAUGUUGUUGGUGUGCGCGGAGUGAAAAUAAAUCGAAGUAAUUUCCGAGCGCUGCAAAAUAAUGGAUCGCACUUUCUACGAAGGCUGGCUAAUUAAGUCGCCGCCCACCAAGCGCAUUUGGCGAGCACGCUGGAGGCGUCGCUGGUUCACGCUGAAGCAGGGCGAGAUACCGGAGCAGUUCUGCCUCGAAUACUACACCGACCACAACUGUCGCAAGCUGAAGGGCGUCAUCGAUUUGGAUCAAUGCGAACAGGUGGACUGCGGCCUGCGGCUGGAGAAUCGCAAGCAGAAGUUUCAGUACAUGUUUGACAUCAAGACGCCCAAGCGUACAUAUUAUUUGGCUGCCGAAACGGAGGCGGAUAUGCGCGAUUGGGUGAACUGCAUCUGCCAGGUGUGUCAUCUACACGAUACCAAGCAGUCGAAUGAGUUGCCAUUGGGAGCAGUGGGUGCAGAUGAAAACCGCACCCAGCACACGAGCUCCAGUGGCGGGCUGAGCAACUCCACUCAAAAUACGACCACCACUUCGCUGCACUCCUCCGCUGGAACCACAGCGGCCCAAGUUACUGGAGGAGCGGCCCAGCUGCGACGCACGGCGGUCAUUGAACAGCAACCGUUGCCCUCGCUGCCCGGCAACAACAACUCGGACUCGGUGUAUGUCAACACCGAGUACAGCAAUCGCGAGACGAUGCUCUGCGAUGCCAACUUUGACCAGCAGGAUCUGCUCUCGGCUGCCCAGCAGCAGCCGCCUCCAUCGCCGGCCACAGCGCUCUAUUUGAAUCACAGUGCUUUGAUCCAAGCUCAGGCAGCAGCCGCAGCCGCCGAGCAACAGCAGCAGGCUCGCUUAGCUGUAAACGCCAAUGGAGUGGUGCGUAAGCUACCCGAGCAUCUGGUGCUCACGCAACAAACCCUCGCGGAGGCUGCGGCCCAGCAACACAGCAGCGUACAGGCCUCGCCCGCUUUGAGCACCGCCUCCGGACCGUAUAUACCCAUCAGCGAGUGCUUCUCGGGCAGCCCGCGAUUCCUGCCCGGAAGUGGAACUCCCGGUGCCGAUGUAGCCAUACCAAACAACCCCACCACGCCGCUGAACAACUUGGACCCCAAGUUUUACGAUACGCCGCGAAGUCAUAACAACAUAGGUCUGAAUCUGACCAACGAUCAGUCGUACUCACCGAAGAUCACCAAUUUGAGUCUGCAACAAUUGGCCAGCACCAAUGCUAGUAAACAGCGUUCAGAUUCGGAUUCCGAGAGCGUUUUCACCGAUGACGACGAGUGGGCCCAUCCUUUGCCCCUGCGCGAGAAUGUGGAUCGCAGCACCCGACCCUCGGAUAGUUCCAUUGAGAACGAAUCCUUUGUGCUGACCUACUCGCAGCGUUUCUCUAAAAUGCCCGAGGAAGGUGGAGGAUCCAUAGUUCCUCCGACUGAUAAGCAUACCAAGCUACCGGGAGCCGCAUCUCUGGCAGAAGCUGGUGACCAAGGAACGCUGGACAAGCUGGCCAAGGUGCUGAAGAACAAAAAUAAUCUCAUAUUGGACUUCAAGGAGAAUGAAAAAAUUCCCCGAGAUCUGCCUCAACUGUCGGACACGGAAAACACUUCGCCGGCCAUUGUGGCCCGUCGCCAUGCCCACUCGGCCUUCAUCGAGGAAAGCUACGACAUUCCACGCUCCCACCAGCAACCGUACUACAAUGUCAACCAGCUGCUGGGCGAGCGACCUGUGACCAGUCCGCACAACUCGAAUCCCAUUGCGGCCUCCACACCGAAUCUCAUGGCCGCCGGCGAUUUGCCAACUGCCAUUUUGACUGCAGCGAAUCCCGGUGGCGCCGCAACGGCCAAUUCAUCGCCCACCAGUGCUCGAACGUUGCCCCGGCAUUGCUACACCAAUGCAGCGCCCACCAAGAUGGAGGGCAAUGUGUUUCGCUACGAUUUCAUGGAGCAGGCCGACUGCCCGCCGGUCAAUCGCAAGCUGAAGCCGAAAGGUGCGACGGGAGGAUUACCCUCCGUGGAGGACAAACCGCCGGAGGAAUUUCCGGCCAAGCCGCCGGUGGGCGUGGAGCAUUUAACCAGCAAACUGGGAGCGGCACAACUGCAGCAGCAGCCGAUUGGCCCGCCCAGUGUGGACAGAAAGUGCAAGCCGAAUGCCUACAAGUUGGGAACUUCGGUCACCAUGUCGCCGGCAACGCGACGCUCCUCGGGGGCCCCACUCUCCAUGGUGCUGCCGCAUGAAACGGAGAUCCAUUCGCCGGCUGCCAAUGCCUAUUUUCACGAGACCCGCACUCUGCCGCGCCAGCAGCAUCGGCAGCAGCAUCCCAACAGUCCCGGCAGCAUGUCGGUGCAACAUCAGCGCACCGCCUCGGCAGCGGCGGCCAUGGGAGCUUUAGCUGCUGCAUCAGCUGCAUCCAAGCAGCAACCAGCGGCGCAGGCUGAGCACAAGUUGCAAUAUUUCGAUCUGGAUGUGACUAACAAACCGCCUCUGCUGAAUAGAUCCAGCAUGAGUGUGGGUAAUUUGUACUCGCAGGGAGGAAACGCCGCCAGUGGAAUGCGACUGGCUGGCGUCGAGAGCGGAGGCGGAGCACGGGCGGCUCCGGUGCCGAGUAGCGUGGUCUACCGAUCGGUGGACUUUGUCAAGACGGAGGCAUUUAAGAGGAUUCGCGAGGAGCGCGAGAGCAGCGGCAACAAGUGAAUCGUAGAACACACAUGACAACGUGCAAUAAGGACAGAGGAUUCGAAAACUUUUGUAGUGCCUAUCGGGGAUC